AUGAAGCUAGUUAUCUCUUCCUAACAAAACACUCCUCUGAUAGAAUCAGUGGUAUACAUCUCAUCCCAAUAAGACUUAAACUAAAUUCUUGGUUUAUUUUAAGCUAAUUCCUUCGAUGUAAUAGAAUCUGAUGAGAUGCAGUUAGCUAAUAGCACUAAUAUUCAUGAUAAGGAAUUUUGGAAACUUCUAUUCUCAGCCUUAAAACAAAAUGGAGAUUUGAAUCUCGAUUUCGAUGGUAAAGAUGGUCAAAAUAUGAGAUUAGGAUUCGACACAAGUCUGAUCUUAUCAUUAAUGAAACUCAACGGUUUUACAAAUGUUCAUGUCAGCGACUGUGUUAUUUAGGCUAAAAAACCUUAAUGGUAGGCUGCAGGAGCUCCUUUAAAGAGAAAGCAACAGUAAAGUGUCAGUAGCAAUGAAACCCAUUCUACCUCAUAAUUGAACGGUUCACAAUAGUAAUAAACAAACGCUAAUCCCUGGGCUUCUCUACAGUCAAAUAAUGCUGGUCUUAUCAACGAAGAUGAAUUGAUGAAGGAUGUUUCAGAGACUAAAGAUUCCUCAGCUUUUCAAAAAUUCUGCGGAGAGGAUGAUAAAAUUAAGGCUGGAAAACCUUGUGAAAAUUGUACUUGUGGAAGAAAAGAACUUGAAGAGGGCAAAAUAACUGAAAAAGAUCUUGAGGUCGGCAAUGUUGAGUCAAGCUGUGGUAAAUGCUAUUUGGGAGAUGCCUUCAGAUGUGCAUCAUGUCCUUAUUCAGGAUAGCCAGCAUUUGAAGCAGGAGAUAAGGUUAAACUAAAAAAUGCUACCAAUAGUUAGCAACAAGUUGAAAGAGAAUAGAUUCAGGUGAAAGCAAACGCUGGUGGAAAAGUUGUUUUAGAUUUGUGA